CCGAUCAGGAAGCGACCCGAGUGAAAUGCUGUACAGUGUCCGGUGACCGGAGCGCUGCUGUCCGUUAUUCGUUCUAACCUGCAAACCUUACAAACGGCAGACCGUUCGCGUUCAGUUAGAGCUCUCAUCUACAGCUGCAGGGCGCUGUGGUCAGCAGGAUGAGUUCAGACGGAGGCGGGAGGCCUGUGAAGGUGGGCUCGCUGGUGGAGGUCAUCGGGAAAGGCCAGCGCGGGACCGUGGCGUAUAUCGGCGCCACCCUGUUCGCCUCGGGGAAAUGGGUCGGUGUGAUUCUGGACGAACCCAAGGGGAAGAACGACGGCACGGUGCAGGGCAAACGCUACUUCACCUGUGAGGAGAAUCACGGGAUAUUCGUCAGACAGUCUCAGAUCCAGCUCAUCGAUGAAGGAGGCAGCUCUGCUACGUCUCCAGAAACACCGGACUCAGGUGUGGCCAAACUGCUCAAGAAAGAAGUCCAGGAGGCGCCAAAAGCUGUUAAGCAGACUCCAACAGCAAGGAAGCCUCCUAUGCGUCGUAGUACCAAGUGGCCCACACCCAGACGUCUUUCCAGCUCCAGCUCCCUCCCCUCUCUCAUCAUGACGGGUCGUCCCUCUGUCGGAGGGUCAGGACUUUCAGAGUCCGUGUUAGCAGAGAAUGAGUCCACAGCGUCUUCCCAGAUUGCACUGGGAGCUCCUGUCAUACCACAGCCCAGCGGCACACCCAGCGCCCCUCCUCCUGCCACCCCGAGCAAGGAGGAGGAGAGCCUCCGCGCUCAAGUCAAGGAUCUGGAGGAGAAGUUGGAGACGCUGCGGAUGAAGCGCUCGGAGGAUAAAGCCAAGCUGAAGGAGAUGGAGAAGCACAAGAUCCAGCUGGAGCAGCUGCAGGAGUGGAAGAGCAAGAUGCAGGAGCAGCAGAACGAGCUGCAGAAGCAGCUCAAAGAGGCCAAGAAGGAGGCGCGCGAGGCUCUGGAGGCUAAAGACCGCUACAUGGAGGAGAUGGCAGACACGGCAGACGCCAUCGAGAUGGCCACGCUGGACAAAGAGAUGGCGGAGGAGCGGGCCGAGUCUCUGCAGCAGGAGGUGGAGGCUCUGAAGGAGAAGGUGGAGGAGCUGAGUAUGGAUCUGGAGAUCCUCAAACACGAGAUCGAGGAGAAGGGCUCGGACGGAGCGGCCUCCAGCUUCCACGUCAAGCAGAUGGAGGAGCAGAACGGACGUCUGAAGGAGGCUCUGGUGGACGCAGCGUUAGGAGCUGAGGAGAUGGUGGAGACACUGACGGAGAGAAAUCUAGACCUGGAAGAGAAAGUGCGGGAACUCCGAGAGACCGUCAGUGACCUGGAAGCAAUAAACGAGAUGAACGACGAGCUGCAGGAGAACUCGCGCGAGACUGAGCUGGAGCUGCGCGAACAGCUGGAUCUGGCCGGAGCUCGAGUCCGAGAGGCUCAGAAGAGAGUGGAGGCGGCGCAGGAGACGGUGGCUGACUAUCAGCAGACCAUCAGCAAAUACAGAGAGCUCACCACUCACCUGCAGGAAGUGAACCGAGAGCUGACCAAUCAGCAGAGCAGCUCGGCCGAGCAGCUGCAGCAGCCGACCGCUGAACUCUUCGACUUCAAGAUCAAGUUUGCUGAGACCAAAGCUUACGCCAAGGCCAUCGAGAUGGAGCUCCGCAAGAUGGAGGUGAAUCAAGCGAACCGUCAGGUGUCUCUGCUGAUGUCCUUCAUGCCCGAGUCCUUCCUGAGACACGGAGGAGACCACGACUGCAUCCUCGUGCUGCUGCUCAUCCCCAGACUCAUCUGCAAGGCGGAGCUGAUCAGCAGACAGGCGCAGGAGAAGUUCGAUCUGAGCGGUGGCUCUCCGGAGCGCUCUGGACUGAGAGGAGCCGCCGGAGAGCAGCUGAGCUUCGCGUCCGGUCUGGUUUAUUCCCUGACGCUGCUGCAGGCCACGCUGCACAAAUACCAGCUAGCUCUGAGUCAGUGCGGCGUGGAGGUGUACAAGCGCAUGGGCACGCUGUACUCGGAGAUGAGCGUUCACGAGCGAUCGCUGGACUUCCUCAUCGAUCUGCUGCAUAAAGAUCAGCUGGACGAGACAGUGCAGGUGGAGCCGCUCACCAAAGCCAUCAGAUACUACCAGCAACUGUACAGCGUCCAUCUGUCGGAUCAGCCUGAGGACUGCAGCAUACAGCUGGCGGAUCACAUCAAGUUCACCCAAAGCGCUCUGGACUGCAUGGGGUCAGAGGUCGGCCGUCUGCGGGCCUUCCUGCAGGCGGGACAGGAAGGGGCGGAGCUCUCUGUGCUCCUGAAGGACCUGGACACUUCCUGUGGAGACAUUGGUCAGUUCUGUAAGAAGAUCCGCAGGAGGAUGCCAGGAACGGAUGCUCCGGGGAUUCCUGCCGCGCUCAGCUUCCCUGCUCAGGUGGGCGAGGCGCUGGCGGACUGCAGGAAGCAGCUGACGCGUGUGGUGGCCGUUCUGCAGGAAGUAGCAGCGGCAGGAGCUCAGAUGAUCGAUCCGCUCGCCGAGCCAGAGGGACUGACGCCGCUGAAGAUAGAAGACGUGAUGUUCAAAGCAGUGGAUCAGGUGUAUGGCGCUCAUGGACUCAAUGCGUUCGAGUGUCUGCGUCAGUCCUGCGCCGCCGUCAUCGCCACCAUGAACAAGAUGUCCACCGUCAUGCAAGAGGGAGAAUACGACGCGGAGCGGCCGCAGCGUCCGCGUCCGCCAGUGGAGAUCCGCGCCGCUGCUGUCAGAGCCGAGAUGACCGACGCAGAGGGUCUGGGAAACAAGCUGGAGGACCGAGAGACGGUCAUCAAAGAGCUGAAGAAAUCCCUCAAGAUCAAGGGUGAGGAGCUGAGCGAGGCGAAUGUUCGUCUGAGUUUACUGGAGAAGAAGCUGGACACGUCGACGAGAGACGCAGACGAGCGCGUGGAGAAGAUCCAGACCAAACUAGACGAGGCUCUGACUCUGCUGAAGAAGAAGGAGAAGGAGUUUGAGGAGACGAUGGAUGCGCUGCAGGCCGACAUCGAUCAGCUGGAGUCAGAGAAGGCGGAGCUAAAGCAGAGGAUCAGCAACCAACCACGAGCCACCGAAGGUUUCCGUGGACCGCAAGCAUCUGGAAUCGCCUCGAUCGUCACGGGAACCGCUACUGGAGGAAUGGCAGCAGGCGUGAGCGGCGUCUCAGGUGUAGUUCAGGUGGUGGACUCUCCUCUCCUCAAACAGCAGAUCGACGUGCAGCGACUCGCCAUCAAGCAACUGAAGAGUGAAAACUACAGACUGAAGGCUGAAGUGUCGCAGCACGUCGUGUCGCAGCGGCCUGGAGCUCGUGUGUCGUCUGACUUCGCCUCGUUCCCCUCCGCCUCAUUCGUCAAGGCCAAAGCGGAGCAGCAGAGCGGCUCGGUGCUGGUGGGGAAGGUGAUGAUUCCCUGCGCUCGCGGCGCGGAGCAGACGCACUGCCUCGUCCUGUCGCAGCAGCAGCUGCAGCGCGUGCAUCACCUGCUCAUGACGUAA